CCUAUCCCGUCGGCCGCGGUGAAUCCCACCUGCGGUGCUUUAACUUGUGCAACAGAGAUGCUGCCCCUGGGAGAGGCGGGGAGGGACGGGCCAACUGGAGCGGACGGCGGGAGGGUGGAGGGCGGGCGCGGCUUGGGGCCUGGGUUCUUUUGCCCCUUGCCCACCAGGGAGGGGUGGAAGACGAGGGAGGGUGAACUUUCCCCUGAGAGAUUCUGGUGAAAGGGGAAAUAUGCUUCGAGUCAGUAAAGCUGCGCAAGUGCACAGUCAAGGAGAAAGUCUUGGGAAAACCAAGGAUAGUUCCCGGAGAUGUCUUUUGGACUGCAGAAACGUUUGUCAGAGGAAAGAGGCUUCAGUUUAAUGCCCAGAGCCAUGGCUAUCUCCUCUUCCUCCUGCGAACUGCCCCUGGUGGCUGUGUGCCAGGUAACAUCGACGCCAGACAAGCAACAGAACUUUAAAACAUGUGCUGAGCUGGUUCGAGAGGCUGCCAGACUGGGUGCCUGCCUGGCUUUCCUGCCUGAGGCAUUUGACUUCAUUGCACGGGACCCUGCAGAGACGCUACGCCUGUCUGAACCACUGGGUGGGAAACUUUUGGAAGAAUACACCCAGCUUGCCAGGGAAUGUGGACUCUGGCUGUCCUUGGGUGGUUUCCAUGAGCGUGGCCAAGACUGGGAGCAGACUCAGAAAAUCUACAAUUGUCACGUGCUGCUGAACAGCAAAGGGGCAGUAGUGGCUACUUACAGGAAGACACAUCUGUGUGACGUAGAGAUUCCAGGGCAGGGGCCUAUGUGUGAAAGCAACUCUACCAUGCCUGGGCCCAGUCUUGAGUCACCUGUGAGCACACCAGCAGGCAAGAUUGGUCUAGCUGUCUGCUAUGACAUGCGGUUCCCUGAACUCUCUCUGGCAUUGGCUCAAGCUGGAGCAGAGAUACUUACCUAUCCUUCAGCUUUUGGAUCCGUUACAGGCCCAGCCCACUGGGAGGUGUUGCUGCGGGCCCGUGCUAUCGAAACCCAGUGCUAUGUAGUGGCAGCGGCACAGUGUGGACGCCACCAUGAGAAGAGAGCAAGUUAUGGCCACAGCAUGGUGGUAGACCCCUGGGGAACAGUGGUGGCCCGCUGCUCUGAGGGGCCAGGCCUCUGCCUUGCCCGAAUAGACCUCAACUAUCUGCGACAGUUGCGCCAACACCUGCCUGUGUUCCAGCACCGCAGGCCUGACCUCUAUGGCAAUCUGGGUCACCCACUGUCUUAAGACUUGACUUUUGUGAGUUUAGACCCGCCCCUCCCACCCCCACCCUGCCAUUGUGAGCUGGUGCUCAUGUGACUUGGAGGCAGGACCCAGGCACAGCUCCCCUCACUUGGAGAACCUUGACUCUCUUGAUGGAACACAGAUGGGCUUGGGAAACUUUCACCUGAGCUUCACCUGAGGUCAGACUGCAGUUUCAGAAAGGUGGAAUUUUAUAUAGUCAUUGUUUAUUUCAUGGAAACUGAAGUUCUGCUGAGGGCUGAGCAGCACUGGCAUUGAAAAAUAUAAUAAUCAUAAAGUCUGUGUCUGGA